UUAUUGAAAAAGGUUGAUUGAUUUUGAGCCACAGUAUUUGCAAAUGUUUUUGAAGUUGUUUUUUUGUUUCAUUGUUUGAGAAUGGUUUGCCGCAAGAUUGUAACAUGACAUUUUUAUUUUAUAAACAUUUGCAUGUUUAUAUAAGUUUCUGCAUGCGAAACUUUAUUUAAAUUUUCUUCGCGACGAUUGAAAUUUAUAUUUGAAUUUGAUCUUUUGAUUCAUCGUUUACCAUAAGAUUGUUAAGAGACUUUUUUUGCAACUUCAGAAAAUUUAUUUUCACUUUGAGCAUGAUAUUCAAAAUUUAAAUAUGGAAUUUGAUUCCAUGUUCAUAAAUUAGCACUUGUCUAAAUCACUUAACGAAGUGCACCAACGAGAAGGUAAGCCAUAGGACUUUGCACUCCAUCAGUAAACUGUCGUGUUGACUAAGGUAUCAAAAAAGGUCCUGUAUAUUCUUCAUUUGAUGGAUAACCGUAACCAUGGACAACCGUAAACUUAAACUAUUGCUAUUACUUGUUGGAAUUUUUGUUUUGGUUGAAUUAAUAUUUUUUUGUUAUCAACAGCUUGGAUGUAAGAAAAAUGUCAAAGCAGUGGAGGAAAUUGGAAUAAUAGUUGCUCAGCGAGGAAAUAAUUUGCCUGUUAAUGUAAUCGUCAAUCCAAAUCCUUCUGCUUCUCGUAAAGAACUUUUUAAAGGUGUUUCACAAGAUAAAAUUAACUCAUUGUUUUACCCAAUCAAGAACGUUAAUGAAAAUAAAAUAGAAGAAUGUGAAAAUGUAGUGAAUCUUCAUUUAUGGCACGAAAUAUGUGGUAUCGAUGUUAAAAACUUAAAGUUGUAUCCACUUUAUCCACACUUACCCGUAAUCAGAGAUACUGUAAAUAAAUUAGACUUUAAUAAAAUUUUACCUUUAUACGGAAUUAGAAUUUUUGGCUAUCUUGAAGUAAAAAGUAAUGAUUUAAUACAAUUUUUGCUUAGUACUGUUGAUAUAAGUAUCGAAGUUUAUUUAAGUCUUGAUUCUCCAAACAAUUCGUUUUUGAUUUGUUAUCAAAAUCACUUAACAAAACAGGUUAGCACUUUGUCAGAUGAAAUUUAUUUAAACAAAGGGAAAUAUUUUUUUGAAAUACUCGGUAAGACUGAUAUUAAUAUUGGAAAGUUUUCUUUAAAAUGGAGACAAUCAAGUCUUAGGUCAACAUUUAUUGAAAUAUCAAGCGAAAAUUUAAGUUGCUUUUUUAAUGAAACAGGUUCUAAAAAAACAUCUGUUAUACUUAAUUAUAAAGUGCCGGAGGGUCUUCCAUCAUUAUUUGAUAAAAAAAAACUUUCUGAAAUUUAUUCUACACAAGAAGAUUUUAUAAGAAGUACAAUUUUUACUAUUCCUCUAAUACCAGAAGAAGAUACAUUAGAUUUAUUUCCUGAUUGUAAAUACUCUCCAUCAUAUAUAGUUCAUGAAGAUAUUCCAGAGUACUCAGGCGUUUGGGAACUUCAUUACACAAAGGUGUUUCCCAAAGACAAUACUGAGGUAUUUUAUAGACUCGACACAAAUGAAAACCAAAUGAUAUUUGGAAAUGACAUUGUUUUAGAGGGUACUGCUCAUAAUAUAGUUAAUCAGGUAAUGGCUGCAAUAAAGAAAAAGCAUAAAAACAAGUACUCGUUAUCAGCAAUUUUAAAUGUUGAAGAAAAUGAUGAUAUUGGGAAAGGAAGUCGUUUUCUUGUUGAAUUAGAAUUAAUAAAUAAUAAUUUAUCCAAAAAAGUUAGAUUUUCACAAUAUGUAUAUUUGUUUAACAACUUCAAUAAGUUAUGCUACCCAGAAAACUUUCAAUGGAAUAAAACUUCUGAUGUCAAUGUUAUAUUAACCAUCGGAAAUCAAGGUCGAUGGGCAAAACACUUCAUUAAUACAAUGGCAAAUAUUUUUGAAGAUACAAAGGAUAUUAAUUUAAACGUAAUUAUAGUUGAUUUUAAUAGUCAGGAUAUUGACAUGAUCAAAGCUCUUGAUCUAAGCUCUAUACCUCGGUACACUCUUAUUAAACACACUGGAAAGUUUCAUAAAACUCUUGCUAUUCAAGUUGCAGCUAACACUAUUAUUAAUCCUAAUGCAAUCACAUUGCAAGUUGACCUGCACUUAACUAUUCCAUCAAACCUCAUUGAUCUUGUUCGUAAGCAUACUGUACAAGGAAAAAUGGUUUGUAGCCCAAUUCUGUUGCGAUUGCAGUGUGGUGCUAAUCCUCAAGCGCGUUACGGUUUCUGGGAAUCAGCAGGUUACGGAAUAUUUGGUGCAUAUAAAUCAGAUUGGAAUAGGUUUGGUGGGAUGAAUACUGAGAAGUUUAUCUCAAGUUGGGGUGAUGAGGAUUGGGAACUUCUUGAUACUGUUUUAAAAGCUGGAUAUGAAGUAGAACGAUUUAAAGUAAAAAAUUUCAACCAUGUUUUUCACACAAAAAAGGGAAUGUGGGAUUACUCAAAAACUACGUAAACCGAUCAAUAAUUGAAAACCUAGUUGUUAGGUUUAGAGAUUGCGUAAAAGACAUGUUAGCUUGUGAAGACUUUGUUUUGACAAAGAUUUUUGCAUAGAUAAACCUUUAUUAUGAAAUGAUAAUGAAGAUUCUCGUAAUGAAAA